AUGCCAUUAUCUUCAACUCAACAAAAAUAUAUUAAUGCAUUUAUUAUUAUUAUUACAAUAGGAAGUAUUUGUGGAGUAAUAAUAUUAUUUUAUUUAUUUGUGUUUCCAUUAUAUCAGAUAAACUUUUUUAUUAAAACAGUCCAUGUUAUUUUUCAUUGUUAUGUUAUUUAUUCAUUACUUUAUUUUUAUAUUAAGUGUAUUAUUUCUGUACCUUCAAAAAAUUUAUUAUUAUACAAUCAAUUAUUUCCUAAAUAUAUUGAACAGUAUGGUGAAAGACAUUGUGAGUAUUGUAAAAAAUCUAAACCAUUAAGAACUCACCAUUGUUCUACAUGUAAACAAUGUAUAGGAAGAUAUGACCAUCAUUGUUUACUUAUUUGUAAUUGUAUAGGAGAUUAUACAAUACGAUUAUUUAUUAACACCAUUAUAUAUUUUUUUAUAGGGUCUAUUUAUCUUAUUGGGAUGAUUAGUUAUUUGUAUUAUAAUACUUUAUUUAAAAAUAUUCCUUUAAUUUCAGUAGCAAGUUGUUGUUGUAUUUUUGGAGUAUCAGUAGCAAUUACAGUAUCAAUGGGAUUAUAUCUUAUUUAUUAUUUCUAUUUAAUUUAUAAUAAUUAUACAACAAUUGAAUUGAUUGCUUUGUUAUCUGAAAAUAAAAAAGUAUUAAAUUAUAAUAGGGGAUUUUAUAAUAAUUGGAAAGAAAUAAUGUUAUACAAUAUUGACCUUCCUUUGGUUUAUUCAUUUCUUCCUAUGGAUCCUUUAACUUGGAGCAGUAGUAAUAGUAGUAAAAUUAAAUAA